GCAGCGUCCCGAAGCAUGGAGUCUGAGGGACACGGGUUCCGGUCCUUCGAAGAUGCUAAGGAUGCUGCUGCCGCUGCUGCUGCUGCAACCAAUGCCGCCGCCGCCGCCGCUACAGAAGCUACGGAAUAUGUCGCCGCCGGGUAUUCACAGCCGCGGCCUUGCAUUCGCCAGAGAGCCCGUCAGCCCCGCAAAAGAGGCGGCUUCUGGCGGGCCAUCGGCCUGGGCACGUCGUUCAAGCGCGCUGUGCAGGCUGUGGCCAAAAGCGCCACGGAAUAUGGGCCCGGCUCCCUGCCCGGUAGGACCUUCCUGCCCCCACUGGGGAGCGCAGAAGAGAGUGUGCACUGGGGGAGGGGAUUUCCCAGCACGCCCCCAACUCCCGAGGCCAGCUCGAGAAAAGGGCGGUUGAACGCUGUGACUCCUUUUUCCCUAGCAGUGGGGAAAUGGUAUUGGGAUCACGAAACCGACACUCUUCAAUAUAAAAGUCCUAUGCCUUCAACAGAAAUCAAAGAGAAAAUCAAGAAGGGCAAGUCAAUUCACUUUGUUGAAAAUGAUGGAACCACCUCAGAAAGGUUGUCUGAGAAGAGAUUUUUUAUGAAAAGAGAUGAGAAAUCAGCAAAAGGAACUGACAGACGAUUGAAGGAUGACAAGGUUACUCUGGAUGAUGCUAAAUAUGUCGCCUUGUUUUUAUUACAAGACACUGAAAUGCAACGUAUCUAUUCCUUUACAACAUUUAUGAGAAAUAAGAAUCUUGAUGAAUUCCUCAUGGCAUUGCUAUACUACUUAUCUCAUUAUCUGGAAAAACUUUCCUUGGAAAAGAAGCCCAAAAGUUACAUGGCGAGCCAUGUAGAGAAAAGGGAGAUGGAGUUAGUUAUUGAGAAGUUACAAGAAUCACAGAAAUAUCUUGCCCAGAAAUAUUGUAGCCUUGUUUUAGGUUUGGGAAUGCCUGAUAAACAUCACAUGGCCUGUGGAAAGGAAAAGAUUUCAGAUACACAAAAAGAUUGGAAAUUCUUUGAGGCCUUCUUCACCUUUUGUACAUAUGUAGCUUGGGUAGUAUUCCGACGUGAGCACCUAAAAGAGAUUGAUGAAGAAAUAGGUCGGCUCUUUCGUACUAAUAUGUUUAACAGUGCAAGACGGAGACGGGAAGAUGAAGAAUCUGGUGAUGAAAAGAGGACAAUGACUUUUGUACAAUUCAGGAAGAUGAUGGCCAAGCGUCCAGCAAUUAAAACAACCAUUCAUCUGCGUUCUCCAGCUUUAUCUACUCUUCUGCCCUCCCCUAAAGAACAUGCUCAGCAUCUCUUUGAAAAGAGUCGUAGCCGUAUGGGUGUCCCUCUUCAACAAUCCAGCCAAAAAGAAUUGGUCAACUAUGAUUCAGUUGCCAUGCCUGUAGUAGGCAUCAUAGGGGAACCUCGAAGCCUGUUCAACCCCUCUACCCUCCUCCCCAGCGAAGAAGAACAGACUCCAGAGCCUACAAAGAGAAAUGCUUCUUUGAUAAAUGAAAAUAAUGCCAAAGUUCAAGAGAUAUUAGAGCUAGCAAUGAAAUUACUAGGUCCAAUAGGAAUAUUUACUAAAUAACUACUGGUUCUUUCUAAUAUUUCACUUCUAAUAGAAGUUAGCUUUAUUUGUUAACCUCCAAAACAUGAUUCUAGUGUUGUCUUCUUAUUUUUAUAAUCAAAUUUUAAAAAAAUUUAAACCUCACUUUAUGUACCAAGAACUGCAAAGUAUAAAGACAGUGUUUAUAAGAGCAUACCAGAGAAAGAAAACAAAUUUUUGACUGGAAGAACUUGGAGGAAAUUUCAGAGAGCAAUUGAAAUGGACUUAUUUAAUACAUUUCAAGAAUUUUAUGACUUUCAUAAUUAUUUUGUAGUUAACUUUGACAAUUUUGUUAAUAUUUUACAUUGUGUAAUUUCUUUUGAAUGAUAUAUUUUUCCUUUUGAAUAAAAAAAUUGAAUU